UUCACCCUGCAAGAGCUAUAUGGAUCCGUCGUUCGCGUAGUGCCGCGACGGUGGGCACGUUGUCGACUUGGUCGCCACCACUACUGUGAACUCUCGAAACAGCGAAUCACUCGUUCGCUCCAAACCCCGACUCCCUUGCCUCUCAACACUCUUACUACCUCCAUGAACUUGACAUCAUGACGUUGACACGAAACCGAACCCAUUCAAAGGCCUACUUAGAAGCCCUACUCCAGCCUUCACCAUCGGCCAUUGCUGGUCGACCUCAUCUGCAGCGCACGCCAAGCACCACAGGCUUCAGUGGUGCGGUGGCAGCAUCGGGUGUCGACGCGUAUAAACCAGUCAGGAGCAGCGGUCUUGCUGCAAGCAGCGGCACGGGCACUGACGCCGAUGUAGACAACGAUGACGACCUCAAUCUCGACCUCGUACUUGACGAGGGCAGAUCACUCCACCAAGGCUUAUCAGCGGCCCAGGAGGGCAACAGCAGUGGAAUUUUCAAGCACCAGGACCAAGAACGCGAAGAGGAGAUAUCCAGAUAUCCCCCCAGCGAAGCCGAUUCGACCGAUGAGCCAUCUGUGCACCUAAGGAUCUCCACUGUCAACAGCUUCAGCAGGAGGUCCUCGACCGCUGGAAGCGAUGGUGUCGGCGGAGGUGACAAAGAAAGCGUGCGGGUGAUUCUCGCCCUCCUCGAUGAUGAGUCUCUCGACGACGAAGAACGGAUCGAGUCGGUGCGAACGGAGCUCGCAACCAAGCUCAAGGCAGUCGAAGGUGCCGACGUGAGUACGGGUCGGCUUGACGACAUCGUUCUGGCGCUGCUCCAUCGCCAUCGUGAGGAUGUCAAGCCUACCGGGGCCUCCUUUGUCUCCCUUUCGUCACCCUCGCCCUCGCCCUUUCCUGCUUCUCCUCGCUCGCGACCGAGGCCAGCCAGCAUUCGUUCGGUGUCUGGUGCCAACAUGGGUCUCAAUGCAGGCCGUCCAUGGGGCCCUGUCACUCCCACCAGCACCACUGCCCCGGGCCAGGACCCGCCUUCGCGCCCAUCGAGUCCACAAUCUCAGACGACCAGUAGCAAUUACAACCCAAACGUCGGAGUGAUAGGUACGCCUAGCCCCAAGGCAUCACCCAGCCUGUGGCACCGCACCGUUGCAGCAGCCAGCGGUGGUGGUGGCAGCAGCAGCGGUAUCACCGGCACUGCCCUGGGUAAUGGAGCCUCCUCCAAGGGAACAGCGAAUAAUCCAUGGAGCUCGAGUCCGUCGAGCUCAGCAACAUCGCCUUUUGCGGCUGCGUUUGGCAGCAAUGCCACCAGCCUCUUUUCCAAUCCUUCGACGAUGGCUCCCCUCUCUUCCCCCAAGAUGACGCCGGCCAUGUCGCGUGCAGUGGGCUCAGUCAUCAGCCGGCCGGGCUCGCCAUCGAUGACAGGAUCACCGAGGCUCAACGUCGGCGCGAGCGAAUUCAAGCCUCGAACACCGCAGGCUGUCCAUGCAACCCCCACCAAGAGGCCCUCUUCGCCUUACUCAUCUGCCCAGCAGCUGCCGUGGGCGACCGCCGAUACGGAAGGCAUCGCUUCGUCUUCGACGGCCGGCGCGCAGUCCGAUGAAGAUUCCGACCAUGACGAGUUUUCGCCCUUUGCUGCAGCCGCUGCUUCGUCGUCGUCGUCGUCGUCAUCUGCAACUACCAGCGGCGGCGGUGGCGGUGCUGUCGCGGUGCCUGUGCCCUUCAGUAGCGGCAAUGGCGGCCGUAGAGCGAUGGCACGUGGCCGUCCCAACAGCAUGCAGACAGCUUCCACCUCCUCGGUCCAGAGUCUCACGACUGCAGAGAGCUUUGGGGCGCCCGGUGAACAUCCUCCGAGCAACACGAGUGGUUCAUGGUACAGCUCUGCGAGCACCUCGCUGGGCUCGUCGGACGAACAGCGUCCAAAGCUUAAUGCUGCCACGUCGGAAGAAGAGUUCGAAGGGAUCACCAUGACGCCCUUUGAUGUUCUCUCGAGCAUCCUCACUCAGAGCGGCUCAUCGCAGGGCAUCUCUUGGACCGCCGAACAGAUCGAAGAGGCCCUGGCAAGUAGCAACUGGGACAUUGACGCAACCCUCAAGGCCAUCAUGGACGGUGGAGGCAUGCCUCUGGCCUCGGCUCCGGCACCCGCGCUGUCUUCGUCGGCCAGCAGCUCCACCGGUCUGGGAAAGACGCCACCAACCGGACCUCGAAGUCCCGCCGGCGGACAGCGUUUCGCUGGCGGCACCCCAGGCCGAUCCGGUGUCUCGGUCGUCCCCCGCGAAGCUCUGGCUGCUCAGAAGGCGAUGCCACCCUCUGGACCCCGAUCUUCAUCAUCCGCCCCUUGGGCCACCGGGAGCAAUGCCCCACCGCCGCCGCCGCGCGCGGGUCCCCUGUCAGGACCCGCACAGCUGGGAGCGGGCCGCGUCUGCCGGUACUUUCUCGCAGGCGAAUGCCGCAGAGCAGACUGUCGCUUCUCCCACGACCUCAAUCGGGCCCUCUGCCGCUUCUGGCUGCGAGGCCAGUGCCUCAACGGCGAUGGCUGCUCGUUUCUCCACGACAUCUCCGUCGUCGAUGCCCUAGCCUCGGGCGUGUCCAAUCUCUCGGCAGGGAACGGCGCCCCCAAUCCAUCGCCAGCGUCAAGCAGCGUCGAGCCCGAGACGCCGCCCAACGAAGACUUCCCCGAGCUGGGACUGUCGGCGGCGCCGCUGGGCCCAAAGGCACAGCGCAAUAAAGCUUCGUCGAGCGGUCAGGUGCCAGGCCAGGAUCCCAGUCGGUCCAGAUGGGCGGCUGCGCUGCGAGGAAAAGCGCCCACGCCCCUUGCUCUUUACCAGCAGGGCGAGGCAGCCACCUCGGUGGGCAAAUCUACCGCCACCAACCGACCUCCACCGCUGGGUCCAAGGGCAACCUCUUCUUCGUCUUCGUCCAGCCCCUUCAGUACCAGGCUGCCGUUGAGGCCCUGCGCGCUUCUUCCGACACUGGCAACCGGUAAAGCUGCUUCGCAGGCCUAUCACACGUACCGUGAGAAUGCGCUGUCGCUCUCUGAUCGUCGCAAUCGGUGUCUGGCCAGGGCGGCCGAAGCAUGGCGACGAGGGGAUGGAGCGGGAGCACGCAAGUGGAGCAACGAGGGCCAGACGCUCAAUCGAUCGAUUCAAGAGGAAGGAACACGAGCGGCCAUGAUGAUGCUCAAGGAGAGGCACGAGGAGCUGCGCGAAAGAAUGGUUACCGAGGGCGCUUCCUCGACGACGGGCGCUUCUUCUGCGCUGGCCGAGAGAGCUGCCCAGGAGGAAGGUAGUGCGAGGGGUAUGAGGGGCAAGGCAAUUGGCAACGGUCUCGGUAUCUGCCUCGGUGUUGUCCCCAGGUCGUACUACAGCAACGCCAAGAAGGGCCCCGCUGCGACGGCGGCGGCGGCAUCGACGUCCCUCACGAUGGAAGAGAGAACCGAAGUACUGAUGGACCUACACGGCUUGCACGCACACGAAGCGACAGAGCUCGUUGAGGACUUUCUCGUUUCGCUGGAGCGCGAACAAUUUAGAGGCCUGGCCUUUUUGGCCUGCGGGGUGGGAAAGCAUACGGGUGCCGGCGGGAACGCCGACGUUGGAGGGCAGGAUCGGAGGAGGGUGGGAUUGGCGGGAGCGGUGAAGGCCUUCUUGGCUAGUUGGAACUACCCUCACAUCGAGCACGAAGGAGUCAUCACCGUUGAUCCCCUCACGCAUCUAUAAAGAAGACGAAAGAAGGAGAGGGAAGUAAAGAAGAUAAAAGACAGACUGGACCUUGUACUUUUAGCGAUAGUCGCCGCGAGCCCCUGUAGACAGAGCAU